ACCACCGCCACCUCAUUUACCUCCGCCGCCGCCGUCGAAUUCCCUCCCUCUUAAAUCCCAAAAAUCCCCCCUCUUCCUUCUCCGUCGCACGUCCCUUCCAUUUGACCAAUUUCUCCUUCUUUCCCACCACCCUUCUCUCCUUCUCUCUCUCCGUCACCUAUCCCUCUCCGCCCGUCGAAUUUCCCCUCUCCUUUUGCUCGUUUUUGUUUCCACCCCCUUUUCCUCCAUUGUUAUGACACAGAUCCAUGGCGCGUCAGGAAUCAUAGCAAUCUAGGGAACUUUCACGCCACUGAAAACAUCCCUUCUUUGCAGGCUAAUCCGGGCGAAGAAGGGAAAAACCCAAUCCCCCAACCCCACGGCUCUCGAUUCACUCAGAUCUCCAUAGGUGGAAAGCUUGAAGCGAGAUGGAGAAGUCGGUGAAGGGGAACAUUACGGUGCCGGCGACCACACUGCUGUUCACGAUCGGCCUGGUCGCCUGCUGGUACUCUUCCAACAUCGGGGUCCUGCUGAUGAACAAGUUCUUGCUCAGCAUUUACGAGUUCAAGUUCCCUAUCUUCCUCACCAUGUGCCACAUGACGGCUUGCAGUCUCUUCAGCUACAUCUCCAUUGUUUGGAUGAAGGUCGUCCCCUUGCAGACCAUUCGAUCCCGCACCCAAUUCUUCAAGAUCUCAGCUUUGAGCUUGGUCUUCUGCGUGUCGGUGGUGUUUGGGAACAUCUCCCUCCGCUUCCUUCCAGUGUCGUUUAAUCAGGCUGUCGGCGCCACUACCCCGUUCUUCACCGCCGUUUUUGCUUAUGUGAUGACGUUCAAGAGGGAGACUUGGCUCACUUACCUGACUUUGGUUCCUGUGGUUACUGGAGUCAUCAUUGCCACUGGGGGUGAACCAAGCUUCCAUCUCUUUGGGUUUAUAAUGUGCAUUGCUGCUACAGCAGCAAGAGCUCUUAAGUCAGUCCUCCAGGGUAUAUUGCUUUCUUCUGAGGGGGAGAAGCUGAAUUCCAUGAAUCUGCUCCUAUAUAUGGCUCCAAUUGCUGUUGUGUUCUUGCUGCCUGCAACCCUGACAAUGGAAGGGAAUGUGGUUGGUAUUACUCUGGCUCUCGCAAGAGAUGAUCCCAAGUUCAUGUGGCUGCUAUUCUCCAACUCUGUAUUAGCGUUCUUUGUGAAUUUGACCAACUUCUUGGUCACUAAACAUACAAGUGCUCUGACACUCCAGGUUUUGGGGAAUGCAAAAGGUGCCGUUGCAGUUGUUGUCUCGAUUCUAAUCUUCAAGAACCCAGUAUCUGUUACGGGGAUGCUUGGCUACUCUCUAACAGUCUUUGGAGUCAUCCUCUACAGUGAAGUAAAGAAAAGAAGCAAGUGAUGAUGAAAUGAAAGACGACUGUGUAUUCUGUUAUUUUGUCAAGAAACCACGACGUAAGCGGCAGCAGCAUCAAUCCUUUCCAGAGAGCAGGUUUGGUCAGUGGAGCAAUGGUGCAGUGAAAAGAUUGUAUCACUAUUUUGGCCUCUGGAAGGAAUACACAAAUUUUUCUUCUUUGGAAGCCUGGAGGGAGUCUGGGGAGGGUUAGGGUUUCCACUUUGUAUCAGCAACAACUCCAGGUGAUUAGCUUAGAUGGAAAAUGAAAGUAACAAAAAAAGAGGUAGUAGAAAACAAAGUACUCAAUCCGAGACUUUGAGUUAUCUCUCUAUUUACUCCCUGCGUCGGUUUUGUAGAGGAAGAAUAUCAUUUUUCUCUUUUUCUUUUUAUUCUUUUAGGAAAGAUUGUAGAAUUCAAUCAUCCCCUACAUACAAUCAGAGUUUGUUAUGAACAUUUGUCAUUUUGAUUAACUUGACGAGGAAAAACCUACUCAGGAUUUCACUGUUCAGUCUAUAUGAAGU